AUGAAGUUCUCGACCUUGCUAAUUUUGGGUCUUAUUUUGACCCUCGCCUUCAGUGGCGAAGCCAAGUCCAAGAGUAAGAAGCAGAAGAAUAAGCAGAAGGUGCAGACCCAGAACCAGGAGAUCCUGCCACUCGCCGAAACCUGCAAGGCUGCCAACUGCAAGCUGCCCGACUGCCGCUGCUCCGAUGCCGUUCUACCCAGAUCCAAGUUUCAGGGCAAGGAAAGCGAGAUUCCUCAGUUCGUGACCAUUACCUUUGAUGAUGCUGUUAACGCAGUAAACUUCGCUCAGUACGAGCUGCUCUUUGAGGGAUUGACCAAUCCGGAUGGUUGUGAGGCAGCCGGAACCUUCUUUCUGUCCCACGAAUAUACAGAUUACGUGAGGGUGAACGCACUCUAUAGGGCGGGACACGAGAUUGCGCUGCAUUCGGUGACCCAUGGAGAUGGAACCGAUUACUGGCGUUCGGCUGAUCUGGCCACCGUUGAGCGAGAGUUCGGAGACCAGCUGAAAAUGCUGGAAACUUUUGCCAAAGUUGAUCCCAAGAAGAUUCAAGGAAUGCGCUUGCCUUUCCUUCAGAUCUCUGGAAAUACCACCUUUGAGGCAGCUCGUCGUUUGGGCUUGACUUAUGAUAGUUCCUGGCCAACGCAGCAGUUUAAGGAUCCAGCCAUGUGGCCUUAUACUUUGGAUUACAAAUCCAAGCAGGAUUGCCAGAUUGGUCCUUGUCCAGAGGCCUCUAUACCCGGAUUUUGGGUCAAUCCAAUGGUCACAUGGACCGAUACUGAGGGUUACAGUUGCUCCAUGAUUGAUGCUUGUGUAUAUCCGCCGGAGGACGAUGUGGAUGAGCUGUUCGACUGGAUGCUGGAGAACUUUAAUAGGCAUUAUGAGGGCAGUCGAGCUCCCUUUGGUAUGUAUCUGCAUGCCGCUUGGUUUUCGCGGGGUAACAAUUACUUUGGCGCUUUUAAAAAAUUCAUUAACCACCUGAACACCUAUACGGAUGUAUAUUUCACCGGAAUUUCGCGAAUGUUGGAGUACGUAAAGAAGCCCGUGCUGGGGGCACCGUUCAAGGAAUGUCUCGCGCUGCCGGAGGCGGAGUGCCGGGCGGUCCAGUGCCAUGUCCAAAAGAUGACCACCGGCGAGGAGCGCUACAUGAACGUGUGCGACAAGUGCCCUGCCGUCUAUCCCUGGCUGGACAAUCCUCUAGGACAGCGGCUGUAAGCCCGUCAGCCUUUCGUUAAUAAAGA